CGGCAGACAGCAAUCAUGGCGGCGUCGCGGUACAUUUUUUUGGUGUUAACCGCUGUAGCAUCGACGGUUGCUGCUGCCCCCGAGAAGCCCCCUGAACGGGCUGAUGAGCCAAAGCUUUGGGCUCUCCUAGUGGCUGGUUCUAACGGUUAUUAUAACUACCGGCACCAGGCCGACAUCUGCCACGCCUACCACGUGCUGCACAACCAUGGCAUUCCCGACGAGCGCAUCGUGGUCAUGAUGUAUGACGACAUCGCCAAUUCUACCGAAAACCCAACGCCUGGAGUGAUCAUUAAUCAUCCCAAAGGUAAAGAUGUCUACCAGGGCGUCCCUAAGGACUACACAAGAGACCUGGUCACCCCACAAAACUUUCUCGACAUCCUCGAAGGAAAGAAGGUGAAAGGCGGAAGCGGUAAAGUUAUAGCUAGCGGGCCAAACGACCACAUCUUUGUCAACUUCGCGGAUCACGGAGCGCCUGGUCUUAUCGCAUUUCCUAACGACGAGCUCCACGCCAGACAAUUCAUGAAGGUCAUCAAAAGGAUGAACGAGCAGAAGAGGUUCGCGAAGAUGACGAUCUACAUCGAGGCCUGUGAAUCCGGCUCAAUGUUCGCCGGCCUCCUCCCCGACAACGUGAACGUCUACGCCACGACAGCGGCGAACCCUGACGAGUCAUCGUACGCUUGCUACUGGGACGACAAGAGGCAGACAUAUCUGGGCGAUGUAUACAGCGUCAACUGGAUGGAAGAUUCCGACAAGGAAGACCUGCAUACGGAGACACUCAUCGAUCAGUUCGAGAUUGUAAGGAAGGAAACCAACACUAGCCACGUCAUGGAGUACGGUGACCUGGACAUCGGACAGCUUUCAGUCAGUGAAUUCCAGGGUGAAAAGGAGGCAAAACCAGUCGUGCUACCAAAGGUACCGUAUGACGCCGUCUCCAGCCGGGACGUCCCCAUUGCCGUUCUAAGGAAAAAACUUGCAAGAGCAUCCAAGCCUCACGAAAAGAAUUCUUUGAAGAAAAAGCUACUGCAAGCUCGUAAUAAGCGAUCAUUUCUCAAGAUAAAGUCGCUGAGAUUGCCUCGUUCGUGGCUCGAAUUAAUCCUGAAAACGGGGCGUCGUUGCUGACUUCCAAGAGGCGGCUAACCAACUUUAACUGUUACGAGAAGGCAGUGCGCCACUUUAGCGACCGGUGCUUCAACCUUUCGAAGAACCCCUACGCGCUUGGGCAUUUGUGGGUUUUGGUGAACAUGUGUGAGUCGUCAUGCAAACUUUCGGACAUCAUUGAAGCCAUGAAUU